AUGAUACUACAAAUCUUACGCCAGACAAGUCUUCUGAAGAAGAUGGAGAUCAGUGUGGCUGAAGCAGAGAAGAGGACUGGGAAGAAUGCCGUCAAUAUGCAGGAGACUUAUACAGUGUAUCUUAUAGAGACGAGGCCGGUGGAUGCUGCCUCAGAAGGGACCAAUCCCGCCCUAGAUUCAUUGUGGAGGCGUUACAGCGAGUUUGAGCUGCUUCGAAACUAUUUGUUAGUUACCUAUCCAUUUGCGGUGGUUCCGCCAUUGCCUGAAAAACGGGCUGAAUUUGUUUGGCACAAGCUGUCAGCAGACAACAUGGACCCUGACUUCGUGGAGAGGCGUAGGGUUGGACUAGAGAACUUCCUGCUCAGAGUGGCCUCACACCCAGUCCUGUCCAGUGACAAGAUCUUCUAUUUGUUCCUCACUGAGGAAAAUGGUUGGAAGGAAACCGUGUUUGAGACAGGAUUUCAGGCGAAGGCCGAUUCAAGAUUGAAAGCUUUAAAUGCCACAUUCAGAGUGAAGAAUCCAGACAAGCGGUUUGCAGAAAUGAAACACUACGGUGAUGAGCUGCAAUCUGUUAUUUCGCAGCUGCUGAGAGUUCGUGCAAGAGCAGCUGAUCGCCUGUAUGGAGUCUACAAAGUGCAUGGAAAUUAUGGAAGAGUCUUUAGCGAAUGGAGUGCCAUUGAGAAAGAGAUGGGAGAUGGGCUGCAGAGCGCUGGCCAUCACAUGGACGCGUAUGCUGCUUCUGUAGACGAUAUUCUAGAGGAAGAGGAGCAUUAUGCUGAUCAGCUGAAGGAGUACCUUUUCUACGCAGAUGCAUUAAGGACAGUGUGUAGGAAGCAUGAACUGACACAGUAUGAACUGGAGAUGGCCGUCCAGGAUCUGACCUCUAAGAAACAGCAGCAAGAGGAACUCGCCACAGGGACAAUACGGACCUUCUCUCUGAAGGGAAUGACCAGUAAACUGUUUGGACAAGAGACCCCAGAGCAGAGGGAGGCCAAACUGAAAAUGCUGGAGACACAGAUUGAAGAAGGAGAGGAACAGGUCAAAGAAAGAAACGCAGAAUGCGAUGAGUUUGUGAAAAGUGCAUGGGUGGACAUUGAGAGGUUCAAAGAGCAGAAAGACCAUGAUCUCAGAGAGUCUCUCAUCAGCUAUGCCAUCAUGCAGAUCAGCAUGUGCAAAAAGGGAAUUCAAGUGUGGAACAAUGCUAAAGAGUGCUUCAAUAAGAUGUGAGGGUUCCAGCUACGACAACCAGAACACCAGGAGGCCUUGGAGAUGUCAAUCCAGAGAAGCACACACUCCUAGAGACUGACCUUGGGGACUAAAGUCUUCCUCGCAAUCCUAAACAUUUGCCUCUUGCACCAGAUGCUCUGGUGUAAAAAGGUAUAAAAUAAUAUUGACAUACACUAGUUUCUAAGUCCAAAUAAUGAAUGAAUGGGGUGCUGUUUUAUUUAUUUCCACGUUCACCAGCCAGAUUUUAGACCUGGUUACUUUUGUGACUGCACUAUUUUGACCUACACAAGAGGUUGUGAAGGUAAUGGACAAUUCUUAACACUUCAGACAGAAACAAAAGAACAACUUAAUUAGUAUUGAUUAAUCUUGAACAAUGGAAUCAUUUCUUUAUAAUUUGUCUUUUUCUUCUUUUUCUUGAUGCUGUUUGAUGUCAGAAUGUGUGCUAAAAUCAUUCCUUUUUCUACGUUCCAUUAAAGUUUUUACUACUUUAGCUCACCAUAAAACAAAAGCACAGGCUAAAAUUGUCAAGGCAAAACAAGAGAGUGGGAUUUUGAGGGGG